AUGAAUGCCACCAUGUUAACCGUACAAUCAUGGCAGGAAUGGUAUACCUUACAACAGAUACACAACUCCUCCAGGGGCUGGAAUAACCUGCCACAUCAAGAGGCCUGGAUGGGCUUAACUAACACAGUCUACGGCCAUACAUGGAUAGACUGUACUCCUCUGGAUUUUUCGAAGUUCAUUCUUUUCAAAGACCAAAAUCAAAUAGACUUUCGGCACGACCAUCAGUGCUAUACCACGAAGGAACAUGACAGCUACCGAUGGAAGCAGAAAAAAUGUGAAGAUAAGUACGCCGUAAUAUGUGAGCAACAACUCCAAGGAGUGGUCUGUCCUUUGAGCACAAUUCUAGCAGUGGACAUCUACAACUACAAAUCGGAAGACGAAAGCAGCUGUCAGAAUUCAUGUGACAGCGAUGAAAACUGCAAUGCAAUGAUUUCCUUCUCAAACGGAACUGAUCACUGCUUACAUUUGAGAAAAACCUCCACCAGCAGCUUGGCCAAAGUGGCGAUUAAACUCUGUGCGAAGGGUGAAAUCAAAAUGACAGAUGAAGUCGUAACACCAACAAAAAAUGAUGAUAAAACACCUAUUUUUACCUGCUCAAACUCCCUCGCGAUAAAUGUAGACCCUACAUCCACAGUAACCAUCAUAAAUACCACCACUGUGUCAAUAAUGCCUUCGUCCACCAUUUUUAUUGAGCCAACGAGUUGUUUUAACAUCACUGUGUUCGAAACAGCAACUGUGUAUCACAAUCUUACGACGUAUAUCCCAGAAAAAACUAUUUCUUACAUUCAGUCACAUUUCACUGCUACCAUGACAACUGUAGUUCCAACUACUGUCAUAAUGACGUCAUACAUACCGCCAUCUACCGUGACAGUGGAAGUGACGCCAUCGCUGACGUCAUGUAAUAACAAUCAGACGACAAAGUUCGUCAACAUCACAAACACACAAUACAUACAGGAAGCAGUGGAGAACAUCACCAAGGCUUUAUAUAUGGACAAGACAACAAUCAGUUCUUAUGUCCGAUCGAAGACUUGUGCCGAGGAUAAGCGUACUUCAUCUGCCACCGUGGGAUAUUUUGGGAUCGUUUUAAUUGCCGUUCCAUUCGGACUUAUGUUUCUUCUUGACUUACAUCAAAUUUGCUUACAGCUAAGUGAAACAGUUAAACGAUGUUGUCGUAAAGAGCGCAAAGUUUGAAUCAGUAAACAUCAAACGGAAAAUGAAUUUCAUGAAGCACGAUAUUUUACAACAACUGACUCAACGUUAAAAAUAUACUACAGAUCUAUCAGAAUUUCGAAGAUAGCAAAGAACAAUACUGAAUCUUUUAAGGGGAGAAAAUUAAAAUAAAUUAUCAAAUCUAUAGAUUAAAAAAAAUACAAUUUGAAUACUUAAAAAAAAAAAAUGCAUGACUUGGUUUCAUUGUUUGCCAGUUUUUUUCUUGUGGAUGUUAAAGUGACAGUACGGCGAAUCUCUUCAAAAACGGACUUGUAAAA